ACUCUAUAAAUGAGAGGCAGGGAACGAGGUGAAGGACAGUUUGAGUCCCCGAGCUGAAGGUUCAGGAUGGAGAGAAGCUGCUGGAGACAGAUCCUGGUUCUGCUGCUCUUUGUCAGCACGUAUGCAGAAGCUUCAUUUUCCCGUCACAUGGAGGACUUCAUCACGGCGGUGAAGCAGGUGGAGGACGGGAUCCCCGGAUCAGAGCCGGUGUCUGUGCUGAAGAGUCUGCGGCGCGCGGCCGGCCUUAACGACGCUUUCAUUCAGCGCUUCCUGGGUGAUGCAGACUCUGGUGUUCCUGAGGUGAACCCUGACCUCUCUGCGUCCAUCAGCCGGGCCGUGCGGCACAGAGUGACCGAGGACGCUGCAGAGGAGGGCGUGGUCCUGACCCCUGAUGGCACCACCGUCGCCCUCACACCGCUCCUCCUGGGGCUGGAAGCCGGCUUCAUGUCUACAUCUAACGGGUCGGUUCGGGGGCUGGUUCAGCUCACUCUGGCUAAAGAUCUGAACCUGUCGUUCAGAAUCAGAGCUCCUCAGAAGCAGCUCCUGGGACCCGACGGCUGCUGGGACAACAUCACCUCCCCUGAAGUCUUCACCCUGCAGGACCGCCCCGCUCUGCUCACCACCGCUCAGAUCAACGGAGGCAUGGACGGUGUGGUUUUAGGGAUGGCGCUCUCCGACAGAUCUAGACGUCCCGUGAAGCUGAGCGACCUGCUGACCGAGUACUACUGCCACCUGCUGGAGAGAGGAGGCGGCAUGGACGUGGCCCCGCGUCUCGUCGGCCGGCGGCGCAGGGAAAACUUCAGAGAGCUGGUGGAGGUCUAUCCGCUGAGCCGGCAGGUGGUGAGGGCGGUGGAGCAGCAGAGGAGAGUGUUGGGGCGAUCGAAGAUGGAGGUGAGGGAGAAGAAGCAGCUGCAGGCGGCGGUGAGAGAGGGAAUGAGAGAGUUUGUCCAGAAGUACAUCGUUUGCCCUCCCAUCAUCCCUCGCUGCAUGUGGGGGGCGAGGCCUUACAGAGGGACCCCCACCAACCUGUCUCUCCCGCUCUCCUUCAUGUUCAUCCACCACACCUCCACUCCCGGACGGCCCUGUCUCACCUUCCAGAAGUGCUCCGAGGACAUGCGCUCCAUGCAGCGGUUCCACCAGGACGACCGAGGCUGGGACGACAUCGGCUACAGCUUCGUCGCAGGCUCUGACGGGUUCCUCUACGAGGGCCGGGGCUGGACCUGGCAGGGGGCCCACACCCUCGGGCACAACACCGUCGGCUAUGGCGUGUCCUUCAUCGGAGACUACACCUCCAGCCUGCCGUCGCAGCACUCCAUGGGGCUGGUGCGAGAUCAGCUGGCCUCCUGUGCUGUCGGCGGGGGGCGGCUCAAAGCCAACUUCACCCUGCAGGGACACAGACAGGUGGUGGACACUUCCUGUCCCGGAGACGCUCUUUAUGAAGAGAUCAGAGGCUGGGAACACUUCGGGGAGGUGAAGAAAUAACGAUGAUCUGCCGGGCAAGAAGAGGAACUAUGGAUAAACCAAAACUUAUAAAUAAACGUUUGUCUCUA